UUAUAGAUCCAUGGCCAUGGCGCCCGCUUCGUCAAUCCUGCUUCUGAGCACCAUGAUCAUCGCAUUCUUGGCCAGCGGAGUGCUCUCCGACCCAGAUCCACUCCAGGACUUUUGCGUCGCGGAUCUCACCGCAUCACCGGGCGUCAAUGGCUUCCCAUGCAGGAACGCGUCCAGCGUCACGGUGGAGGACUUCAUCUACAGAGAAAUGGUGAAUCCGGCCAACAUCACCGCCAUGAAUCGCGCGGGCGCAGUGUUUGGAACCGUGCUGAGGUUCCCCGGGAUCAACACCCUUGGCCUCUCCAUGGCCAGGCUCGACUUGCUACCCGAGGGGAUUAUCGCGCCACACACCCAUCCCAGGGCCACGGAGAUGGUGUACGUCGAGGAGGGGAGCGUAUACGCCGCCAUUGUCACCGCGGACAACCGCUUGUUUGCACAGGUGCUGAGCAGAGGCGAGGUGAUGGUAAUUCCGCGUGGAUUGAUCCACUGGCAGAUGAAUGUCGGCAGGAACAAUGCCAAGAUCAUUGCUGCGCUCAACUCUCAGCUCGCGGGGACGCAAUUUGUAGGGAGGUCCAUGUUUGGAUCGAGCCCCCAGGUGCCCGACGAGGUGCUAGAAAAGACCUUUUUUAUCGACAACACUACCAUCAAUCAGGUCCGAUCCGUGUUUGCUUGAUUUAAUCUUCUUUGAUCUUCCAAACUGAAUGCACA